CCCACAAAAUGUACCAACUGCAGUACUCAGAACACACCUCUUUGGCGUCGUAACCCAGAAGGUCUGCCACUUUGCAAUGCCUGUGGUCUCUUCCUGAAGUUGCAUGGCGUUGUCCGCCCGCUCAGUCUCAAAACAGACGUUAUCAAGAAACGAAACCGAAACAAUGCGAAUGCC